AUGGGGGAUUAUCUUAUUCUCCAAGUAAUCUUUGCAGUAAUCUUUGCUUUCUCAUCUCUCGUUUCAUCGAAAGAACUGUUGGUUGUGGGAGAAACCGACGAGCUUCUAGUCACUACUAAUAUUGCGGUUAAGGUUAAGGGUUCUUCUAGACUGAAUCAAGAAGACUUACCAACUCUAUGUGAGAAGAUCCAUAUCUAUGGACGUCAAAGGUUCAAACAUAUAGACAAGUAUGCCCAUUCACUCAAGGUGAUUGUUAACGUGUUAGCCGGUGCCAAAACAACUACCACACACGUUUGUUUCCACAGGAAUUUGUCGCUUGCAAUUGGAAUGUGCCCUGAUAAUCAAUGGGAGAAAGUCUCUAAUGGUUCAUGGAUUCAGACAAUGUCACCAUUUGACCAAAAAAUCCUUAAUGUAAGAACAACUGGCUCAUCCAAGGUCACUCUGAAAGUGUCCACUGUAGAAGAAUGGUGUAUGAUUCACAUAGUGUUCUUAAUCCUUGGUUCCAUUUUGCUGAGUUCGGCUUCUACACUGAGCAGAUCAGUAGCAUUUUACUACACUUGUGUUAUGUUUAUUGGUCAUAUCCUUGCUGUGUUGCUUCUUCUCUUUCAGGGACUGAAGCGCCUACCAACUGGACUGAGUUCUUCAGCAUUGUUCCUAUAUGCAUCUGUGUUGUUGGCAUUCUGUUUGUCGUUUAAUCUAUAUCUUAAUGGAAUACUUUCUGGAAAUUUCGCUGUCGAGAGACUUGCUCUGGCUAAAGAUGGCUCCAUUGACUUAAAAGCACAUCAGUCUUUGUAUCUUGGUCAAUUUGGAUUUCAGCUGCUGUUUUGA